AUGGUGAGGAGAAGAGGUUGUUGCCUCCUUUCAAUAUCGAUCUCCCUAGCCUUCUCCUUCUUCAUUCUUUUGCAAGCUUGUGAAGCUCAGAGUUACUGCAACUCUUCUUCAUGUGGGAACCUUUACAACAUCAGCUACCCUUUUCGCCUUUCAAGCGAUCCUCCCGACUGCGGGGACCUUCGAUACGAGCUCUCCUGUGAUCAGAAUAACCGCACCGUCCUGAACUUGUAUUCAGGGAAGUACUAUGUAGAGGAAAUCUCUUAUAAGAACCGAACCAUGAGAGUGGUUGAUUCCGGUCUCCAGAUUCACAAUUGCUCCUCUGUACCACUUUAUUCCUUGACAAGUGCUGUUAACUUCACUGUUAAAGACCCUUUCUUCUACCCUAAGCCUUGGCGGUUGGAAAACUAUAUAGUUUUUCUGAGUUGUGAAAGCCCAAUCACAGCCAUUAAAUCUGCUCCUCAAUUUGUGAAUACCUCUCCAUGUAUCAUCAAUGGUUCUUCUUUUUCUGCGGGUUCCCAAUAUUCUUACGUCGUUGUGGGAGAUUCAACUGUUUCAAUGAUACCAGACUCGUGUACCAUCGGCAUAAUGGUUCCAAUUCGGUUGCAAGAAACCUGUCAACGCUCUUUCUCAGAAAUACACCAUGAAAUGGCCAUGGGGUUUGAACUCUCAUGGUUUCGUAUUGACUGCCGAAGCUGUGAUCAAAUAUGGGGUAAUUGCUAUCCUGGCCAAGAUCUUUCCCUCAUGUUAGCCUGCGCCUUCAGCUGCACAGGAGGAAUUUUCCUAUAUU